AUGGAAUCAAACUACCGGUCUGAGAUGCCCCCACAGGUCUCAGCUUCCAAGAUGGAAUAUCCUACCUCACCUGCCGACAAGCCGGAUGGCCCGAAACGAAAACAUGCCCGCGCAGCCGCGACUUACCCCCGGAAGCGAGCUAGUCAAGCCUGUCAGACGUGUCGUAUCAAGCGGACGAAGUGCGAUAAUACCCGGCCAUCGUGUGCAUCGUGUGUACGACUCGGGGCGAAAUGCUCCUACCAACAGAUGUGUUUAUCGACAUUUGAUUCAGCAAGCCUGGCUAUCCUAAAACGGAUCGACGAUCUGGAAGCCUUGAUCCAGACCAAGGGAAAUGAUCCACCUCAAGCGGCUCUCUCUCAUGUAUUCCCUUCUACUUCGCCAUCUAGCAGUCCCAAUGCAAUUUGGUCAUCUGGGCUUGAGCAUGGGACACAAUGGGAACCAUCUUUCAUCAACAUUGAGGAGGUUCUGAAAUGGCCUGUUUUCGAUGACCAUGAAUUCGACCCGCGACUCGAUGUAUUAUCUCCAUCUGACGAGAACACGAUAAAACCGGACCUGCAAUUUUCCAUCGACCUUGACCUUCAUGCAGCAGACCAUCUCGUUCGGAGCUUCUUCGAUAAUGUCCAUAUUUUCAAUCCCACGCUAAAGGAAGAGGACAUCAACGAAUAUGUGAGAUCUGUCCGAUUAAAUGGUAUUGGGUGGGAUGCGAUGUCCUGUUUGUUGUCCAAGGAGUUCCUCCAAGGCGAAGCGUAUUUCCUUGCUGCCCAGAAGCGAAUGGCGGGUGUAUAUCUAAUGACAUCUUUGCGGGCGGUGCAGGCAUGGAGGAUGUUUGUGCAAGCACUUGCAUGCUGUGAAGGCUUCUCUAUCCUCCGCUCAAAUGACUGCCAUGAAGAUGCGUGGGAGACGAAACAGAGAGUAUACUGGACCUGUCUGAAGUCUGAGCUUGAGGUACGACUCGAAUUGAAUCUUUACCAAAAGAAUUUUCUAGGUCUGAAAUAUCCUACCUUCUUCCCAUCCCCUCCAGAAGAACUCAAGUCUAGAGAUGAAGCGGCGUGGUACUUCUAUCUCGCUGAGAUCGCUUUGCGGAGAUUGGAGAAUCGCAUUUUGAGCUAUCUUUACCAACCCCACGAUGUUACCUCAAAGUCUCAUCUUGAAUCUGUAAUCCUUGACUUCGAGGAGCAAGCAGACGGAUGGCUGCGAUCACUACCAGAGGCACUAGCCCCAGAUGCAGACAACGCAUAUACAGACCAAUAUGAGCCCUUCCGAUUUAUUCUCAGUGGUCAUCUCCUUGACUGCCAAGAGACAAUGUACUGGCAUUUUUUGGUCGAAGCAAUACAUGGCCGAGGCGACAGAACCAGCAAUAGUUUCCUUCACAAAGCGCUCAAGGUCUGUGUAGAUAGGAUACAGCAGAAUCGGACGGGAUUUUACCAUCGGCAUCACGGAACAUGGCUCAUGCUUCGGUCAUGUGCCAGGAGUGCGAUAGUGUUACUCGCUGCUGAGCGCAGUGUGAAUCUCGUGUGUUUUCUGCCAAUGGGCUGGGAGGGAGCGGUACUAGAUGUUACUCGGAUGUUGGAAUUCUGGAAGGAUGAGUCGAAUGAUAUAAUGGGUUUGCUCAAUAUUGUGCAAGUGUUGCUGCAGGCGAGGGCAAAUUAG